AUGGAAUUUGUAACAGCAUUAGUGUUCAUUUUCAUCGCCUGUGCUUGUGGCAUAAUUUGGGCCAUAUUCAAUUGGAUGGCUGUGCACAAAUUGGAAAUCCAUCACAAACAUGAAGGAUUAACAGAAUUACUUUAGGGAGCCGAAUAAGAAAAGAUUGAGACCUUGCUAGAGAUAGGAGAACACAUUUAAGAUGUAAUAGAUUUAAUUGAUUUUAGGGUGCAUAAGCAUUUUUAAAGGAGGAAUAUUCAGAUUGCUCUGUAUUUUUAGCAGUUAUGGCAGUAUUGUUGAUUGUAUGUGAAUUUAUCAUAAUCUUAGUUUAUUUCCCCAUGGUCAUCUUUGGCUUUUGUAUUGGGGGCAGCGACCUCGAUGCUUUGUGGUUAUUUGGGUAUGGCAAUCGCAACAGCAGCAAACUUUAGAACAGCAUUUUCAGCAAUAACAUCAUUAGCGAAUGCAUUUUAAGUAAAUACGAAUUUAAAAAUGAUUAGAUGGCCUACAGAGGAGGAUGUGUGAUGGGAUUCUUAUUGGUUUCGAUAUCAUUGUCAAUUCUCUCACUUGUCAUAAUUAUAUACAACGCUGUAAUUGUUAAAAGUGACGAUAACAAUUACGAGGACUUGGUAAGAAUGUUUGAUUAUGUUGCUGCUUAUGGAUUGGGUGGGUCAACAUUUGCCUUGUUUGGUAGAGUAGGUGGUGGAAUAUACACAAAGGCUGCAGAUGUUGGAGCCGAUUUGGUCGGUAAGGUCGAGAAGAAUUUACCAGAAGAUAGUCCUAAAGUAUAAAAUACAAAAGUAAUAUUUAUAGAAUCCAGCCACAAUUGCAGAUAAUGUGGGUGAUAAUGUAGGUGAUAUUGCAGGAAUGGGAGCUGAUUUGUUUGGAUCUUUUGCUGAAUCUACUUGUGCUGCAUUAGUUGUGUCAUCAACUCAACUGAGAGUCCCAUCAGAAAGUGGUUAUUCAAUUGAAAUUGGAUAGUUGAUGUAUCCUUUGAUGGUUUCAGCAUUUGGAAUUGGAAUCUGCAUAUUAGUAUCUGCUUAUGCUGUUUACAUUUCUAAAGUAAAUCAUAUUAACAAAAUUGAAUCUACCUUGAAACUGUAAUUGUUACUUUCAACUAUCGCCUUAUCCCCAAUUAUUAUAGGCAUUGCUUAUUGGGCUCUACCUGCUGAUUUUGUGAUGAUAGCUGCAGAUGGUUCGGUUCAAUUAGCAGAUCUAAAGCCAUAUCACGCCUUCAUUUGUUCCUUACUCGGAUUAUGGUCAGGAUUGUUGAUUGGCUAUUUCACUGAAUACAUGACUUCUCAUUCCUAUACUCCAGUAAGAGAAGUGGCUAAGUCCUGCGGCACAGGAGCAGCCACCAAUAUCAUUUAUGGUCUUGCAUUGGGAUAUCUAUCAACAAUAGUCCCAAUCAUAGCCAUUGCAGUGACUGCCUUAUUAUCAAUGAAAAUGCUCUCAUUUUAUGGAGUUGCCCUAGCUGCCUUGGGAAUGUUAUCCAAUUUAACCAUCGGUUUGGCCAUUGAUGCAUAUGGACCCAUUUCUGAUAAUGCUGGUGGUAUUGCUGAAAUGAGUGAAUUGGGAGAAAAUGUCAGAGAAUCUACUGAUGCCUUAGAUGCAGCUGGCAACACCACUGCAGCUAUUGGUAAAGGAUUCGCUAUUGGAUCAGCAGCCUUAGUAUCAUUGUCACUAUAUGGUGGAUAUUUAACAAGAAUAUAGACCUACAAAGUUGGCGAUGAAUUCCCAUUUGCAGAAGGUGCGAAAAUAGAUGAUCCCAUCAUUUUUGCCAUGUUGCUGAUCGGUGCCAUGUUGCCAUAUGCAUUUUCAGCCUUUACUAUGAAAUCAGUAGGAAAAGCUGCACUUUAAAUGGUCGAGGAAGUUCGUAGAUAAUUACAUGAACAUCCAGGAAUCUACGCAGGAACUGAGGAACCUGACUUUAGAGCUUGUAUUGCAAUCUCAACUAAGGCAUCAUUAAAGGAGAUGAUUCCCCCUGGAUUACUUGUAAAAUAUUGAAUAUUAUAUCAAAAUAGGUUAUUGUGACUCCUACUGCAGUUGGAUUAUUCUUUGGACCAUAGGCUGUGGCUGGUUUAUUGCCAGGAGCAUUGGUAAGUGGAGUUUAAAUGGCUAUAUCUGCAUCAAACACAGGAGGUGCUUGGGAUAAUGCUAAGAAAUACAUAGAAGCUGGAUUCUAUAGAAAUGAUGCUGGUGAAGUGAAGAAGAAAGGUUCAGAUGAACACAAAGCAGCAGUUAUUGGUAUAUGAUAUUAAAUUAUUUUAGGCGAUACUGUGGGAGAUCCUCUCAAAGAUACUUCAGGACCAUCAUUGAAUAUUCUAAUUAAGUUGAUGGCUAUCCUUUCGUUAGUAUUGGCAGGAGCAUUUUGUAAAACUGGAUGGUUGUAUAAAGGAUGA